GUGGCCCCCGUACUUUGAGUUUGACAUCUGUGCAUCAGAUGAUGCUCCUGCCGUGUAAUUGGGGCACAGCGUACAUUAGCGUGGAGGCCACAAUAUCAAGAAAUGCAGUACAGGUAUUUGAAAUUGGUCAAAGUUGCCUUUGGCAUUUCUAAUUUGUGGAUUUUGCUGAUGAUUUCAGGGUCUGCGGAGUAUCACACAGACAGUCGGAUGCUUUGUGUCGCUUUACAUCAUCUCCCCAAAACUCACAGGCUUGACCGUGGUGGUGCUCCCCUGUCUAGUAGGGGCAGGGGCUCUCAUCGGCUCGUUCCUCCGCAGACUUUCACGUUUGGCUCAAGAACAGGUUGCUAAAUCUACCGGAGUGGCGGAUGAGGCUCUAGGUAAUGUACGGACAGUGAAAGCCUUUGCCAUGGAGGAGCGGGAGCUACAGUUGUACGCGUAUGAAGUUGAAAAGUCUUGUGAAAUGAAUGAAAAUCUUGGGACUGGAAUUGCUGUCUUCCAGGGACUUUCAAACAUCGCCCUCAAUUGCAUUGUUCUGGGAACUAUUUUUGCUGGGGGAACUCUCAUUUCGAGCAAUGAAAUGUCACCUGGAGACCUCAUGUCCUUCUUGGUUGCUUCCCAGACGGUGCAGAGGUCCUUAGCCAGUAUAUCUAUCCUUUUUGGGCAAAUGGUGAGAGGAACAAGCGCCGGUGCUCGUGUUUUUGAAUAUUUGUCAUUGAAGCCUACCAUUCCUCUUUCCGGCGGGGGGCGCAUCCCAUAUCAUUCUCUGGCAGGAAGAGUUGAUUUUCUCAACAUUUCAUUCAGCUAUCCAACACGACCAGGCCAUAUAAUUUUGGACAGGUUCAACCUAACUUUGCCACCUAGCAAAACAAUCGCCAUUGUCGGGGAAUCUGGAGGAGGCAAAUCCACAGUAGCAGCCUUAUUGGAGCGUUUCUAUGACCCGACGAGUGGGGUGGUAAUGUUGGACGGACUCGACAUUCGAACCCUUGAUCUUUGCUGGCUCAGGGGACAAGUUAUUGGAUUUAUCAAUCAAGAGCCUGUUUUGUUUGGAGCGUCUAUCAUGGAGAACAUCCGCUUCGGGAAGCCCGAGGCCACCGACGCCGAAGUCUUUGAGGCUGCCAAGCAAGCCAAUGCUCACCGCUUCAUUACAAGUUUCCCAGAUGGCUACAACACCGUGCUCGGCGAACGUGGUGUGACAUUAUCAGGAGGCCAGAAACAGCGUGUCGCCAUCGCCCGGGCCCUCAUUAAGAAUCCGAGCAUCCUGGUGCUGGACGAGGCCACCAGCGCCUUAGAUGCUGAGUCGGAACGUGUGGUUCAGGAGGCUCUGGACCUGGCCACCCGGGGCCGUACUGUGCUCAUCAUCGCCCACCGCCUGAGCACCAUCCAGGCGGCUGACCUCAUCUGCGUCAUGAGCAAUGGGCGCAUUAUAGAAGCUGGAACUCACACGGAACUGCUGGGCCGAGGCGGACUGUAUUGCGACCUGAUCCGAAGGCAAAGAGCUGAGGGACGGAAAUGAACCGUGCUCAAUAUGUUUAUAAAUGUUAAUUAUAGGACGACAUGGUCGACUGGCCUCACAAUGGAGAGGUGCAGGGUUCGAUUCCGGCUUCGGCCUCCCUGUGUGCAGUUUGCAUAUUCUCACCAUGCCUGCGUGGGUUUUCUCCAG